AGCUGUCGUUUCUUUUCGCUGAUGUUCUUUCUGACUGUACUGUAGAUUUAAAGCAUGAAGGAAGAGAUGGACAUGGAAGUGAGAGGAAGUGAGAGGAAGGGGAGAGUGACGCUGACCCUGGCUGCAGCUUCUCUGAUCGCCGGAUUUGGUUCGUCAUUUCAGUAUGGAUACAAUGUGGCUGUGAUCAACUCACCUGCCACGGAGAUGAAGCUGUUCUACACCCGGAUAUAUGAGGAUCGUUAUGGUCCAAUGUCAGACAAUCUCCUGACCCUCCUGUGGUCCGUAACUGUGUCCAUGUUCCCACUGGGUGGGUUUUUUGGAUCUCUCAUGGUAGCCCCAUUGGUGAACAAAUUCGGGAGAAAAGGCACACUCCUGUUCAACAACAUCUUCUCUAUUGUACCUGCUAUAAUGAUGGGUGUGAGUGAAGUGGCAGGGUCAUUUGAAAUCAUCAUUGCUGCACGCUUUUUAGUGGGCAUCUGUGCAGGCUUGUCCUCCAAUGUGGUGUCCAUGUAUUUAGGAGAAAUCGCACCCAAGAAUUACAGGGGGGCCAUCGGAAUUGUGCCGCAGCUUUUCAUCACCAUUGGCAUCGUUGUUGCCCAAGUGUUCGGUGUUCGCAAUAUCCUGGGAAAUAUGGAAGGCUGGCCCAUCAUGCUGGGUCUCACAGGGAUUCCAGCUGCCAUUGAGCUGCUGCUACUGCCUUUCUUCCCUGAGAGCCCACGCUACAUGCUCAUACAGAAGGGGGAUGAAAAAACUGCCAGGAAAGGACUGCAGAGGCUGCGUGGCUGGGAGGAUGUAGAUGAGGAGCUGUGCGAGAUGCGUGUGGAGGAACAGUCAGAGCAAGCAGAAGGUCGACUCUCUGUGCUCAACCUCUUCACCUUCCGCUCACUGCGCUGGCAGCUGCUGUCAGUAAUCUUCAUGAACAUGGGCCAACAACUGUCAGGAGUCAAUGCCAUUUAUUACUAUGCUGACAGCAUCUAUAGCUCAGCAGGAGUGGCUGACGAUCACGUUCAGUAUGUGACGGUUGGAACAGGAGCAGUUAAUGUCUUCAUGACAAUAGCAGCCGUGUUCAUAGUGGAGAAAUCUGGUAGAAAGUUGUUGCUACUGAUCGGCUUUGGUGUCUGCUGUGGAGCCUGUGUUCUCCUGACCAUAGCACUCUACUUCCAGACUUCACUGGACUGGAUACCCUAUGUCAGCAUCGUCUGUGUCAUUACUUACGUCAUUGGACAUGCUAUUGGCCCAAGUCCUAUUCCUAAUGUAAUCACCACAGAGAUGUUCCGGCAGUCUUCUAGACCACCAGCGUUCAUGGUGGCUGGCACAGUUCACUGGCUCUCAAACUUCACAGUCGGCCUGGUCUUCCCCUUUCUAGAGAGAGGCCUGGGUGCUUACAGCUUCAUCAUUUUUGCCUGCAUCUGUCUUGCCACACUUAUCUACAUCUGGGUGGUCAUCCCAGAGACCAAAAACAAGACCUUCCUGGAGACCAGCAAGCUUUUUGCUCAUAGAAACAAGGUGGAUAUUGUGGUGGAGGCUGGGGACUCUGAGAUCAAAGAGACUGGAGGGGAAAGCAGCGAACAGGAAAUUAAAAACACAUUUUUCUGAAUAGAUAAGGGGUCGUUUACACAGGACAUGUUCUUGUGUUUGUCUGCAAUGCUUUGAACUGUUUUAAUGCACUUUAUUUUUCAGCGUCUGUUUUGGAAGCAAGAACAGGUCAUGUAUUAUAACAUCAAAAUAUUGUGCCUUUUUCAUUGUCAUCUGUA